AGAAGAGUGGAGGUGAGCCGGGAAUGUUAGAUGAUGGCGAGCGCGAGCAAGAAGAGGAAGAAGAAAUCGGGUGGGAAGGCAACGGAAAACGAAGGCAAUAAUGAAAGCCGUUUGCUCCCCUUUGCCUUCGACUCUGGAUUUCUUUCCGGGUCUCACCCUCCCGACUUCGACGACGAAAUGGACGGCUACGAUGAUGAGGAGGAAAAUGAAUGGGCCCACCUGGCCGCGAGCGUUCGCAUGUUUUCAGGAUCGUUGGUGAGGUCUGGAUUGGCUGAGAUGGAGAUGGCGAGUGCUAGGGAGGCAGCCUUGCGAGCCGAGUACGAGAGGAGGCGGGUCGAGUACGAAGCUCAGAUGGCUGAUAUGAUGCUCAGGACUCAGCUUCAGAUCGCCACUUUCAUUUCUGAAAACAGUCGCAGGCGGAAACGGAAGCGAGACCAAUUCCUAGAACAAGGGCUUCCUUCUUCUGAUGAUGAUGAAACGUGGGGCCUUUUGAUGCUUGGGUUACUUCAAUGCAAUCUGAGAUUUUAAAUCUCAUUCAGGGGUUGGCGGUGGUCUGAGAAGCUGGACUGGAAUAAUCUCACAAGACUCAUCAUGUACAGAAAUAUCUAGUAACUAGCUCUCUCUCUCUCUCUCUCUCUCUCUCUCUCUCCCUCCCUCCCUCCCUUCCCCCCCCCCCCCUCUCUCUCUCUCUGCAGCAUGCUGUGAUUGGAUCACCUUCCAUGGUUUGAUCAGAUAUGUUGCUCUGGUGGACCAUUACAUGGAUAAGCCACAUCCGAAAACUCUAAUGAGGAUUGCCAUAGCCAAUUAGACAUCUAAUCAGUAAUCAGUGAUAUGCAAAAGGAAUGGUUACCAGCGGCAGUCCACAUUGAACCAUGAAACUCACAACUGGAUGGUCAGAGUUGCCCAAUCACUGCUUUCUUUUUCUUUUUCUUUUGCCUAUCGCACUGUUGCCGACCAGAUCAACAGUCUCAGUUGUGAUAUGUUUGCCAUGUGCACCUUAAUCGAGGUUGCAUGACACUCAUAUGCAAUGCCUGCUGCAUGUUAUCAUUCAACUUUUAUUAUUUCGGUUUCAAUUUCUCAGUCUCGUUGGAUAUAUUAUAAAUAAAAAGCUUGGCUUAGUGGA